CAAGUCUCUUGUUUCUCUCGCUCUGGACUCUGAAUUUCGAAGACUGAGGUUCCUCUCCUCUCGCUCUCUUGGAUUAUCCUUCUCUGAGGUGAAUUCCGGUGGUUUGCGAUGGAGGACAGAGUGAAACUGGAGGCUGCCAUAGAUCAGCUCCUGAACGAGGAGAAGCAGAUGAGGCUCGCCGGAGAUGUCUCUGGGACGAGGAAGGCCGUUACUGACAUUCUUCAGCUUUGUUUCGAAGCUAAGGACUGGAAACUCCUGAAUGAACAGAUUGUCAAUCUGUCCAAGAAGCGUGGCCAGCUUAAGCAGGCUGCGCAAUCUAUGGUCCAGCAAGCAAUGCAGUACAUUGAUCAGACACCAGAUAUUGACACACGGAUAGAGCUUAUUAAGACACUAAACAAUGUGUCUGCUGGAAAGAUAUAUGUCGAAAUUGAGAGGGCUCGUUUGAUCAAGAAGCUUGCUAAGAUUAAAGAAGAGCAGGGGCUUGUAGCUGAAGCUGCAGAUCUUAUGCAAGAAGUCGCUGUGGAGACAUUUGGUGCUAUGGCAAAAACUGAGAAGAUCGCAUUUAUUCUUGAACAAGUUCGUUUGUGCUUAGAUCGACAAGAUUAUGUCCGUGCUCAAAUCUUGUCUAGGAAGAUCAAUCCAAGAGUUUUUGAUGCCAAUACAUUGAAAGAGAAGAAGCAACCUAAGGAAGGUGAAAGCAUAGUAGAAGAGGCUCCAGCUGAUAUACCAUCCUUGUUGGAGCUGAAACGAAUUUAUUAUGAGCUAAUGAUUCGGUACUACUCUCACCACAACGACUACCUUGAAAUAUGUCGUUGCUACAAGUCAAUAUAUGAUAUCCCUUCUGUCAAGGAAAACCCGGCACAAUGGAUUCCAGUCCUGAGGAAGAUUUGCUGGUACCUUGUCUUAUCGCCAUAUGACCCGAUGCAAUCAAGCUUGCUUAAUUCAACGUUGGAAGAUAAGAAUAUGUCAGAAAUUCCCGAUUUCAGGAUGCUUCUGAAACAGAUCAUGACAAUGGAGGUCAUCCAAUGGACAUCACUCUGGGAAAAAUAUAAGGACGAGUUUGAGAAAGAGAAAAACAUGAUUGGGGGCUCUUUGGGUGGCAAAGCUGCUGAAGAUUUGAAGCUGAGAAUCAUUGAACACAAUAUUAUCGUCGUCUCAAAGUACUACUCAAGGAUUACCUUAAAGAGACUUGCCCAGCUGUUGUGUCUGAGCAUUGAGGAAGCAGAGAAGCAUCUGUCUGAAAUGGUUGUUUCCAAAGCCCUCGUUUCGAAAAUCGACCGACCAUCGGGAACUGUAUGUUUCCAAGCCGGAAAGGACAGCAGUGACAUUCUAAACUCGUGGGCUAUGAACUUGGAAAAGCUUCUAGAUCUCGUCGAGAAGAGUUGCCACCAAAUUCACAAGGAGACGAUGGUUCACAAAUCUGCUGUCAGAGCUUGAGGGUUUCAGCCGCACAUGCCAAUUGCCAUCAUCAAUCACAGGUUUUGAGCCCUUCCUUCAUCUUCCUGCUAUCCUCUUUCCCGGGCUCCCGUUAACGACGAUCACAGUAACGAGACUCGCCAUUCAGAAUCUCUGUAGGGUUGGUGUUUUGUCCUAUAGUUUUUUCGGGUUCUUCUUACUGGGAAGCUUCUAAUGUUUAUCUGACGGAAGGCAGGCAAGUUUCUAGAACAAAUUCGUUUGGAAAUUUAUGACACUUACACCUGAAAGGUGUUGGCCACCCAGUGGUUUUCUUUGCAAGAUUGGUACGGAACUCAGGUUAGUGCCCAAUUCAUGUGUU